UUUCUUUCUCUAUUUUCCCUCUUCCAUGCUCUUCCGAUAGCAUGCAAUCCGCCGACGAUGACACCACUGCUCCUCCUCGUCCGACGGAGUUUAAUCUCCAGGUCCGCCAACUAAAGUCGACUAAAACCGGGGAUGCAGAGUCGUUCACCGUCGGGGCAGCAGCAGCCAUAGCUGCAGAAAAGACGUUCCCCGCCCAACGAUACGGGGAAAACGAUUGUGGACAUGCAAAAUGUCGAGCGAGAGUGGAGCAUCAUACUAUCCGUCCAGCAUGACCCGCACGAGUCGCCAUCUCUCUACGCCAAAAAGACAUUCUGGUUGGAGCGCAAUUCCUUGCAAGCCAAGAUUGUGUUGCAUUAGUGAUCAUCUCCUCUUCCUUCGUCCAGGCCGCAAAGGACCUCCCGGCAAGCCAUAUCCACCUUUUUUUUUCCCCCUCAUUGUUGGAUCCCGUUUCUACCUAGUAAGGUCCUCCUUCAGAACGUACCUAACGGGCACGGCUAGCCAGCCAGCCGGCAAGCCAACCCGCGGACUAAACACGGAUACUCCGGAUAGAACGAAACUCUCCCUAGCAGCGCGGACGAACAUGCAAUAGUACGGCAGCCACCCGAUCAAAGGGGCGAAUUGAAGUCAACCAGACAUCGUUCCACCAGUGGAGAGGGGAGGGAUUUGGGGGGAGGGAGG